UUUAACAUUCGUUUUACUUCAAAGUUACACUAGUUACAGGCUACAGCAGUUACAGUCUACAGAAUACAUAUUAUAAUUUAUUUUACAAUUUUACAUGCAAUUUUCCAGCUAAAACUAUCCUUGUAGAUCAUCGUUUUGCGAUAUUGCCGUUAUGGGACACACAUGGUCAGAAUAUGUCGCUCCGGAGACAACGCCAUUGCGAGACAAACCAUCGCAAUUUGAACCUCAUUUUGGUUUUUCCACGGAAAGACGAGAGAAAAAAAUGAUCGCUUCACUAGCAGAAAUGGAAUCAGCUAAAGUUCCGUUGGACGCCAGAGACUUUUGUACACACAUGUUAUUGAAUUUAAGAGGUUGUAUCAGAGAUAACUUCCCAUUCAACCACCAUUGUCACCACGAAAGAGAAGAAUAUUAUGAAUGCCAGUAUCAUGAUUAUUUGGAUCGCAUGAAGGACUACGAAAGAGAAAAGCGAUUAUUACACAGAAGACAUCAAUUGAGACAAGGAGGUGCACCAAAUGCAGAAGAAGGCACUAUCAGUGCUUAAAUGGUAUUAAUAUAAUUUAAUACCUAGCUUAGAUAAAUGAUUUAGUUUUUCAAACAUUCAACAUUGUGUUUUUAAAACAAACUGAAGAACUUUCAAAAGCAAUCUACAUAACUACCAUAUAGUCUAUAUUAUUUAUUUUAUAAUGCUAUAGAGUAUAGAUCAAUAAUUGUAUUAUAUUAGUUCAGGCAAAUUAUUAUUUUUGUUUUGUGAUAUGAUAUUUACAAUUUGUUUAUUAUGUGAUCCUUGUCCUUCAAAUUCAAUUUUAUAAUUUUUACAAUUUUCAAAGUAAUGUGAAAAUAUGAAUCAUUUAAGUAAACAUUUUUGAAUUUGUCCAA